GGCGCCUCCCCCCGCCCUUCGAUCGAUCGCUCGGCGCUCCCGGCAGGCGGCCCGGCAGGCGGGCGGGCCGAGCGCCGAGAUGAGCCUGGCGGAGGGCCGCGCCCCGCGGCGCACGGCGGGGAACCGGCUCUCGGGGCUGCUGCAGGCCGAGGAGGAGGACGAGUUCUACCAGACCACCUACGGCGGCUUCAACGAGGAGUCGGGCGAUGACGAGUACCGCGGCGAGCACUCGGACAGCGAUGACGAGGUGGACUCGGACUUCGACAUCGACGAGGGCGACGAGCCGGGCUCGGAGCAGGACGAGGCCGAGCCCCGGCGCCGCCGCCGCGUGCUCACCAAGGCGUACCGGGAGCCGCUCCAGAGCCUGCGGGCCAAGAAGGCGGAGGGGCCGCGGGCAGCCAGGGGCAGGGAGGUGAAGGGGCUGCCCCUGGAGCUGCAGGAGGACGGCGGAGACAGCCGGAAGCACAUGCGCCAGUCCACCACGGAGCACACGCGGCAGACGUUCCUGCGGCUCCAGGAGCGCCAGGUGCAGUCCAAGAGGAAGAAGGGAGGCACCAGCCACGAGCGGCCCCUGACCCAGGAGGAGCUGCUGGAGGAGGCCAAGAUCACCGAGGAGAUCAACCUGCGCUCCCUGGAGAACUACGAGCGGCUGGAGGCGGACAAGAAGAAGCAGGUGCAGAAGAAGAGGAAGAUCGUGGGCCCCGUGAUCCGGUACUGGUCCCUGACCAUGCCCCUCCUGCCCGAGCCCGGCCGCGAGGACCCCGUGGACGUGGAGGGGCUGGGCCCCGAGGCGCGGCCGCCGUCGCCGGGCAAGUGCUCGCGCACCUUCAUCUCCUUCAGCGACGACGCCACCUUCGAGCGCUGCUUCCCGCGGGCCAAGGCGCCGCGGCUGCCGGUGCGCGAGCUCUGCCCCGUCACGCACAAGCCGGCGCUCUACCGCGACCCCAUCACCGACAUCCCCUACUCCAACGCCCGCGCCUUCCGCAUCAUCCGCGAGGCCUACCGCAAGUACGUCACGGCCCACGGGCUGCCCAGCGCCGCCGCCGCCGCCGCCGCGGGCGCCGGGGACAGCGCCGGGGCGCGGCCCGGCCGCCAGAAAAUCGUCAUCAAGCAGAGCGUGCCCAGCGCCUGAGGCAUGGGAUCUGGGGUUUGGGGUGUGGGGGUGUUCUUUCUAAUACAGCAGAAAAUCGUCAUCGAGCAGAGUGUUCCGAGUGCCUGACGCCUGGGAUCUGGGAUUUGGGGUGUGGGGGUGUAGGGUGUCCUUUCCAAACAGCAGAAAAUCAUCAUCGAGCAGAGUGUUCCGAGUGCCUGAGAGAUGGGAGCUGGGAUUUGGGGUGUGGGGGUGUAGGGUGUCCUUUCCAAACAGCAGAAAAUCGUCAUCGAGCAGAGCAUUCCGAGUGCCUGACACCUGGGAUCUGGGGUUUGGGGUGUGGGGUGUGGAGUGUCCUUUCCAAAACAGCAGAAAAUCGUCAUUGAGCAGAGCGUGCCCAGUGCCUGAGAGAUGGGAUUUGGGAUUUGGGGUGUGUCCUUUCCAAAAGAGCAGAAAAUUGUCAUUGAGCAGAGUGUUCCAAGUACCUGGGAUUUGGGAUCUGGGAUUUGGAGUGUUGGGGUGUGGGGUGUUGGAGUGUCCUUCCC